CAGCCAAGAGUCCCGAGCUGAGAAUACGCGAAUGUCCGUCAGCCUAUAAGAUUUUUUUUUACGCCAAGGAGAUUCAUCUGGAAAAGCCCGAUCCAGCAGUGAAUUUUAAACAUUUUAUUACCAUGGAGAUUGACCACGCAGACGCCGGUGUAUACGAUGCCAUCGACUAUUAUAACGUGGUGUCUGAGGAGAGACUACGGUUCCUACAGUACAUCGAACAGAACGUAGUCGGCGGGGAAGCCAGAUUCAACGGGCCAUUCGGAGAACGACAAGUGGUCUAUUGUGAUUAUACAGCUUCUGGAAGACCGUUGAAGUUUAUUGAAGACUACAUUCAAAAGAAUGUUCUGCCACACUACGGAAAUACGCACACGACAACCACCAUUGUAUCCAAGCAGACGACAAAAUUCAGAACAGACGCAAAAGAUCUGAUAAAGAAAAGCGUGAAUGUUGGUGACGACGAUGCCGUCAUAUUCUGUGGAAGCGGGGCCACCGGGGCCAUUCAUAAAUUGUACCAGGUUAUGCAAUUAACGGAAGAAAAGGCGAAAACAACGGUCGUGUUUGUUGGUCCCUUCGAACACCACUCCAACAUCUUACCUUGGAAGGAGAGCGGCGCUAAAGUGAUCCGCGUUAAAGAAACAGAGAAUGGAACUGUUGACACUGGUUACUUGGAAGAACAGUUGAAAGCGGAGAAGAAGAAUGGUGCAGAAGUUAUGAUGGGUGUGUUCUCAGCUGCCUCCAACGUGACUGGAAUCCUAACAGACACCAACAAAGUGUCUGCUCUACUCCACAGAUACGGGGCGCUGGCAUUCUGGGACUACGCCACAGCCGGUCCCUACCUCAACGUCGAGAUGAACCCGCCAAGCAUGGAUGGGAGCGAUUGUUCUAAAGACGCGGUUUUUAUUUCUCCUCACAAAUUUGUUGGCGGUGUAGGAACUCCUGGUCUUCUUAUUGCUAAGAGAUGUCUCUUCAAGAACAGGGUCCCAGCAUCAGCGGGCGGCGGCACGGUCUCGUACGUCUCGCGAGAGAAGCACUACUACUUGAAAGACAUUGAAGCUAGAGAGGAAGGCGGUACACCGGCUAUCACUGAAUCAAUCCGCGCUGGUAUGGCCUUUCAGUUGAAAGAUGCUGUCGGUACUGACGUUAUUGAAGCACGCGAGGAAGAGCUGUGUAGAAGAGCCUUCGACAGGUGGCAGCAUAACAGAAAUCUCAUCAUCCUGGGAUGCCGAAAACCACGCAGACUACCUAUAUUCUCCUUCCUUGUGAGACAUGAAAAGAGCGGGAAACUUCUGCACCACAAUUUCGUCUGUACUCUGUUGAAUGACUUAUAUGGUAUUCAGGCACGAGGAGGAUGCGCAUGCGCAGGACCUUAUGCUCAUGAUUUGUUGGGAAUCUCUGAGAAGAUUGCUGAUAAAUUCAUUCGGAUUCUCGACGAGGACAGAAUGAAGAAGGAAAACAAACAGCCAUUGGAGGCGCUCAGGCCAGGAUUUGCCAGGAUCAAUCUCCCGUACUUCAUGCAUGAUGACGCCGUCGAUUACGUUCUGGAAGCCAUUGAUCAAAUAGCCACCAACGGUUGGAAACUGCUACCAUACUAUCGCUUUAACCCAAACACAGGGGCAUGGGACCAUCGUUAUCCGCCAUUGGUCACCAAAGCCUCGCCAGGGAACAUGAGUUUGCUUGAUAUUACAUUCCAGAAUGGAUGGUUUGAUGCACCAUUCUGCCAGGAAAGGAUUGAAAGCCUAAAUUUGAAGAAAGUACUGGCGGAAGCGGAAAUAGAGUACGAUUCAGUGGAUAUUGAGAGAGCGAGCGCAGACAUUCUCGGUGACCCAGAAUUUGAUAUCAGCGACGUAGAGGAUUACUUUCAGUGGUUCCUUCAACCCCGCGAAGCACUGCACUGUAUGACAACCGACAACGGUCCGGAAGUUAACAUUGCCGAACUCCCUAUAAAACCACUCGGUGGGAAUAUGUACCCAGAGUUCCGACGGGAAAUCAGCCGGGAAAGCGGUUACAACAGCGAGGAUACGAACGAUUUCGAGUUUGAGAGCGGAAUUGACGUCAGCGUUCCGGAUGUAGACGAUGGCGAAUCAGGAAGCAUGUUCAAUGUGGGAAGUGAGAACGAGGCAGACUAUUUCGCGCCAAGCAAGAAAAGAAAACUUGAGGAGUCCGGUUACUUUGAAAACGACUCUUUCUUAUCGGAUAUUAGUGAAUUCGCCGCGAAUGACAUUGAUCACAUAAAAAGGAUCUCAAAAAGGCGGAAAACGACCGGCGAUGCUUGUUUCAGCUCGUUUUGCAAACAUGAACAAUGCCUGUGUGAAGUUUGCUUCACGAGAGACUCAAAUAAAUUCAAUUUCUCGCGAGAAGACAAUGACAGUCUUAGUUUUUCAAAUUACUCUGACUUUGCUCUGUCAUAAACUAUUGUACAUAUUUAUACAUAAUUGUAAAUAGCUGAACAGUAUUUCUCUGCAAUUUUUUCAGAUUUUUUUCUUGUAUAUUUUUGAUAAAAGUUUCAAUGACUUGUGAGUUUUUUCUGGACUAGCUCACCUUACUUCAGUAAAAUGCAUAGCCAUGACGUGUAGCUAUAAUAUUAUGCAUACUUAGAUUCAAAACAAAACCAACUUAAAAAUAGCCAACUUUAUCUUGACCAAGUCCCCGGAACUGCGAAUGAUGUGUAUGUAAAUUUAUAGUUCCGGGAGCUAUUGUACUACUACUACUAUUAUUAUUAAUAUUAUUAUUAUUAAUAAAUAUUUAUUUUAUUUGUAGAUUUGUGAACGAUUUACAAUUGAAGAAGAUUUUCAGAUUUUCUAUUUUUGUGAAAGAUUAAACGGAAAAAUGUUACA